AUGGUUUCCAAGGGCGGCUCGUCAACUCUUACGCAAAGAGAGCGCAAGAAACUCGCAGCUGAAACCAAACAACGAAAACUUGAAGAGGCGGAAGCUCAAGAGUUGGCAGAGAAAGAGACACAAGAACAAAAACUAAAACCAAAGAAUGAUAUGCCUCGACUCCCACAGGAAAGAUUAUUGAGAUGGUUGGGUACAGUUGGUACUAAAUAUAUUACAUCUGAUAAAAUUAUUCAAACUUCAGUUUUAUCAUUGGUUCUUAAUCUUGCUCAUAUCAAAUAUUGGGAAGAAUUUCAAGAUGAUAAAGAAAUUAAUUUAUUGAUUAGUGUUGCUUGUGGUGUUUUAGCUUUAAUUUCAGCAUUGGUCAUUACUCAAAGGGUUCAAAAUGAAACUGCUAAAUCUAAUGGAUCAAAUGAAGAAGUUCCUUUACCAUCAUGGAAUAUUGUCUAUUUAGUAUUUUUACCUGCAUCUUUGGCUUUGGUUUAUGAUAGAAGUUUGUUAUUAUUCAAUGUGGCAUUAACUACAUCUGUUUUGAAACUCCCAUUCAUUGCUAAACUUGUUAUUCAGCUUUCUAUCUUAAACUCUAAUACUGAACAUAUGGACACUGUUUAUAAUGCCAAAGUUGUUGCUGGACAUUUAGUGGUAAAUUAUGCAUUAGGUAGUAUUUCUGAAUUUAAAUCAUUAGAUGAAGUGGAAGUUGGAUUAUUCAGUAUUUUAUUAACAAAUUUAUAUAUGAUUAAUUCAGAUGCAUUAUAUGUCGUGAUUUUGCAAAAAUUGUUCAUCUCAUUUGGUAUCGGGUUAGCUUUAUUAUUUUUGAUUACAAAAGUUUACAAAUCAAAUACUUUGUUAAGAACUUCACUAAUUACACUAUCAUGGACUGGUACAUUUGUUGGUGCUACAUUAUAUCAAUUAGAUCCAAUUUUGGGUAAUAAUUCUUUAGUAUGGAUCUAUGAAUAUGCAACAGCCACCGAUUCAAGAAUCAAGAUUCUUUCAAUUUGGCUACUAUCGCUAUUAUUAUUGAUUCCAACAAUCUUCAAUUAUAAAAUUCAGUUAUCACCUAAUUUUAGAAGAAAAAUCUGGCAUUUCCUUGUCCUUGGAUUAUUAGUUUAUCCAUUACAUUUAGAUUCUGAAUUUGUGAAAGUUAGUUUAGCAGGCUCGUUGAUUUUGUUUUUACUUGUUGAACAGAUUAGAUAUUUAAAACUAAAUCCAUUUGGUUCUUUACUCGAUAGUCAUUUAAGAUUAUUUGCAGAUUUCAGGGAUGAAAAAGGACCAAUUAUUGUUUCUUACAUUUAUUUAUUCAUCGGUAUUACUUUACCAAUCUUGUUUAAUAACUCUAUCGUUGGAUUGGUGGUUUUAGGUGUCGGUGAUUCAUUAGCCUCAAUUAUUGGUUCCAACUAUGGUACUAUAUAUUGGGGUCGCUCCAAAAAGACUAUUGAAGGUACAUUAACUUUUAUUGUCUCAACAUAUGCUGUUUGUGCCUUUUUAAAACAUAUUGGAUGGUUCUUUGUUGAUAAGACUUUUCAUUCUUUGUUACUAACCUGUACAUUAAGUGGUAUUUUGGAAGGUAAUAGUGAUUUGAAUGAUAAUAUUUUGAUUCCUGGUUUUAUGGCUGCCACUUUAGAGGUUCUUGAAUAA